GAGAAAAAAACGAACGGUGAAAAAAUGUCCGGGCCGUGGGCCUAAAAACCGUGCGUUGAAGAAACGCCACCAACCAACCAGCGAAAGCAUUGGACAGAGCUAGCGAAUCAAUUGCUAAACUAAACAGCCUUGCUUGCAUGGAAGGCAAGGGCCUUAGAUAAUCAUAAUCUGCGGAUUGUUUCCAGAUCAGUUCCCCUCCAAUAAUCAACCGCUUUGAAGAUCCAUUCUUGCUGAUCUCUGUCAUCUGUUGACUAGCACAAACAAGAACCGGAGUGCUAAAAGCAUAGAAAAUGAGGCCACUGAUCGUGUUAUUUGGAGAUUCAAUAACAGAGCAGUCUUUUGGAUCAGGUGGUUGGGGUGCUGCUCUCGCUGACACUUACUCUCGCAAGGCUGAUGUGUUAGUUCGUGGCUAUGGUGGUUACAAUACUAGAUGGGCUUUGUUUUUGUUGCAUCACCUUUUCCCUAUUGGUUCUAUAAAACCUCCAGUUGCUGUCACAAUAUUCUUCGGGGCUAAUGAUGCAGCUCUAAAAGGGAGAACCAGUGAGAGGCAACAUGUUCCUGUGGAUGAAUAUAAGGAGAAUCUAAGGAAAAUUGUCCUGCAUUUGAAGGAGUGCUCGCCUACCAUGUUAGUUAUACUUAUCACUCCACCACCAGUUGAUGAAGAGGGACGCAAAGAGUAUGCUAAAUCUAAAUAUGGUGAGAAAGCUAUGGAACUGCCAGAAAGGACAAAUGAAAUGGCAGGAGUUUAUGCAAAGGAAUGCGUUGAAUUAGCAAAGGAGCUAGGCAUCCGUUCCAUUGAUAUAUGGUCCAAGAUGCAGAAGAUAGAGGGCUGGCAGAAAAAAAUCUUAAGUGAUGGCUUGCACUUGACACCAGAAGGAAAUGCGGUAGUCAGCCAAGAAGUUAUAAGGGUGUUCAAUGAAGCAUGGCUUUCUGCUUCAGAAAUGCCAUAUGAUUUCCCUCACCACUCAGAAAUUGAUGAUAAGAACCCUGAAAAAGCUUUUGAACAGAGAUGCAUAUAGCACUAUAUUGCCUUUACUUUUGAACUUUAACGAAUCAAUUGGAUUGAAGCCUCUGGUAUCUUGAUUUCUGCCAUUGAUUGUUUGAGAUUUGCGGCUCAAACGAUUCUGCUGCAGAAAGCAUUUGGUUCUUUUGCUGUUGUCUGGCAAAUAUUACUGUACAGAUUUCUCAUUAUUAAUUUUUUGUAUCAGAAUCAAGGGUUUCUUUUCUUUCAUCACUGACUUAGAGCUUUGGGCUAAACAGUGGGAUUAGUAAUUAAUUAAGCUAAAUAUAUUUUAUCUUUA